GUUCCUCAUUCUGAUGGCUGUGUGUAACAGUCCAUGUAAAGCAGCUGACCCAUUUGUCAAGCAAAAAUAGUUCCAGUCUAUACGUCAGUCUAACGAAAAACACAGAGAGGAAAUCUGAGGACUCCAAGACUUCUCAACAUUGCAGUAACAAUUUCCCUGACCAGGGAGGGGGACACGGUGAGAGAGGCAGGAUGGGCUGCAUGAAGUCCUCUUUGAGCGAAGGUCUGAAUGGAGUUGUGGAGAGGAAGACCAGCCAGCAGCCUGUACGUACCGACCCAACGCACUAUGUCAGAGACCCCACCUCCAAUGCAAAAAACAAACUAAGUAACCUGUUACCUGGUCAGGUGUUUCAAAGUAUUGAAGAGCAAAGUGGGACUGGCAAAAUAGUGGUCAGCCUUUUUUCUUACGAAGCCAUGCACCCAGAUGACUUGGGGUUCAAGAAAGGAGAGAAGAUGAAAGUCUUAGAGGAAUGUGGCGAGUGGUGGAAAGCAAAGUCACUGGCAAGCAGUAAGGAAGGAUUCAUCCCGUCCAAUUACGUCGCUCAAGUUGACACCAUGGAAACAGAAGCGUGGUUUUUCAAGGACAUUGCAAGAAAGGAUGCAGAGAGGCAGCUGCUGGCUCCAGCAAACAAACCAGGCUCUUAUCUUAUCAGGGAAAGUGAAACAUCUAAGGGGAGUUACUCAUUGUCCAUCAGAGACGUGGACGCCCAGAGAACAGACUCAGUCAAACACUAUAAGAUAAGGAUGCUGGAUAAUGGAGGCUACUACAUCUCUCCUAAAAUCACAUUCACUGACAUUGGCAGCAUGGUCAAACACUACCACAACAAUGCGGAUGGCCUGUGUCGUAAACUGGACCGCCCAUGUGUCAAACCCAAAGCUCAGAAACCGUGGGACAAAGAUGCCUGGGAGGUUUCCAAAGAGUCCAUUAAGAUGGUGAAGAAACUUGGAGCUGGGCAGUUUGGAGAAGUCUGGAUGGCUUACUACAACAACACGACCAGAGUAGCGGUGAAGACUCUGAAGACAGGCAUGAUGACCUCCGAGGCCUUCAUGGAGGAAGCCAACGUCAUGAAGACGCUGCAGCACGACAGGCUGGUGCGGCUCUACGCGGUCGUCACCAGGACAGCGCCCAUCUAUAUCAUCACCGAAUAUAUGGCAAACGGCAGCCUACUAGACUUCUUAAAGAGCGAUGACGGGUGCCAACUGCAACUGCCCAAGCUCAUCGAUUUCUCGGCGCAGAUAGCAGAGGGCAUGGCAUACAUAGAGAAGAAGAAUUACAUCCACAGAGACCUGAGAGCAGCCAAUGUCCUGGUGUCAGAGAGUCUGCUCUGUAAAAUAGCUGAUUUUGGACUAGCAAGAGUCAUAGAGGACGACGAGUACACUGCCAGAGAGGGAGCUAAAUUCCCCAUUAAGUGGACCGCUCCAGAAGCCUUUAACUACGGCUCUUUCACCAUCAAGUCAGACAUGUGGUCCCUCGGGGUUUUGCUCUACGAGAUCAUUACCUUCGGGAAAACCCCUUACCCAGGUAUGACUAAAGGAGAGGUGAUAUCCUCGGUGCAACGUGGCUACCGGAUGCCCCGGCCUGACAACUGUCCCACUGAGCUCUAUGACAUCAUGAUGGGCUGCUGGAGAAACAAACCCGAAGACAGGCCCACCUUCGAUUACAUGCAGAGUGUCCUGGGUGAUUUCUACACCGCCACGGAGGGACAGUACCAGCAACAACCAUAGAAGAGACUCUUCCGGAAACACUUUGACAAAUAACUCCACAUUAUGUUUUGGCGCUACUUCAGAUGUGUUAUAUUUAUGUAUAUUUUUUGUAUAUAUGACACUUUCUUUUAACAUUUAUCCUGUUAAUCCUUUUGGUAUUUGCUCUUGAGAACAUACAGUGUGCAGGUUCUAGUAUAUACUGCAUCGUAGCAACUUAAAGUGCCAAAUACUAUAUUGGCAAAGCAACUUAAUAACAUCCCGGGGCAUAAUCUGAAGAACAGAGGAACUCAUUUUGAACAAAAUUGAUAAAAACAGAUUCAUAAUUUCCUAUAAAAAAGAAAGACGGAGAGUUGAUUGUGUUAGCUGCUUUUGCACCAAAGCACUGUGCCAAGGCAGUUAGUUGUUUGCUGUUUCAUUAACCAGUGACGGGUUGGUCACCUGUAAGUCCACUUCAUAUUGAAGUGCUGUGGCUCCUGCUUCUUUUGUUUGUUUCAGUGAGUGAAUGUGAAAUUAGUUUUCGAUAUCAUUCCAUCAUUUCAAAUAUGGUCCAUCAUAAUCAUCAGCACUGUUCUAGUUGGAGUCACACUGGUUUUCACACUGGAUGACUCUGUGUUCUAAAAUUAAUCUUCAGGUUUAAUGUAACACAUGAGAAAAUGGGCACGUUAGAGCACCAGUGGAAUCGUUGAGCCGUGUAUUGAUUUGUCACUGAAAGAUAAUAUGAGCUGUGUAUUUGGAGAUAUGUGAAUGAGAAUGUGUAAAUUUUGCAUGGACAAAGAAAUGUGUGGUCAUUUACUCAGUGUCCAAUAUCUAAGAGAUUUAGCCAUCACUCUUGCUUUGAAAGACCAUGAAUAACUCAAUCCCAUUUGAUUUUAACUUUUAUUUAAUUUGGCUAAUUGCAUUUUUCGUUAAUGCCAGGGAUUCAAAACAACCUGAAUGAGUGGAAAAUUUUGCUUUGUCUCCAUGAUAUAGGAACAAGUACAUAAUAAGAAAAUACAAUUACAUGUUAGUCA